AUGUGCGAGAUACUAUUGAUAAGAUGGAUCAGAAAAAUGCUAAUAUUCAAACAGCUAAUAAAAAUAAUGAAAAAUUACUUAAUGAAUUACAAAAAGUAAUUCAUCAAUUAGAACUCUCUCCAAAACAUCAAUUAGCAUUAACUGAUGCUGACUUAACUACACCAACUGGAUUACGAGAUGCUAUUGAGGCUGCAAAAGAAUUACAAGCAGUUAUGAAUGCGCAAAUUCAUCCAGCUUUAGUUCGAUUAAAAGCAAUACAAGAACAAAGAAGGCGAUUUGAAAAAUGGAAAGCAAAAUUUUCUCAGAUUCUCUCUAGGCAUCUUAAUAAUUUGUUUAUUCAUAUGGGAAAUGAUAUUGGAGAAUCAAAAAGAAACUCCAACAAUGAACUGACCAUCAUGAAACACACUUCAUUGCAUCGAGAACUUGCUGCUUAUACAGAAUUAAUGCAUUGGUGUAAAGCAAUGGAUCGAAAAUCUUUUAUGGCACUUAAUAAAGUUUACACAUCAUCUUUAUCUAAACUUUAUGAAAGAGAUAUAAAAUUGUUUUUAGAAGAUGCAAAAUUGCGUAUAAACGCUGGCCAUUUAUCUAAUUCAAAAGAAGAUAUAAGAAAGUCAACUGGUCCACCGUCAGAUUGGUUAUUAGGUGUAGACAAAGAAUUUUGGGCCCAAGAAAGUAAUACUGAAGAACGACAAAGAUUUGACCAAGUAUUGGAAGCAGUUCUUUCUGAACUUGAACCAAUUUGUUUAUCCGAACAAAAUUUUUGUGUUUCAUUUUUCCAAUUGGAUAUACUCAGCCCUACUACCAAAAAUACCCAAACAACUUUGGAUGAAGUAGAUGUAAAAUCAAACCAAGAAAUAUUACCAUCUUUACCAAAGACUAAAAUUGAAAAAAAAAUAAAUGAAGAAGUUAGAAAAAUGAUGGGUGACAUUUUUGCUUGUAUAGAACCAGAGUUGAUUGGAUUUAUUCAAUAUCAUGAAAGAAUGGAUAGCACUUAUUCAAUGGCUGUGUUAGUAAGACUGGGCCGUCAUGUUAUGUCUGCUAAUGAUACCGGCUCCUUUUUAAGUAUGACUUAUGGGUCUGCAUUAGUUCAUGUAAAAAGAAAUUAUGAUAAACUUAUGCACGCUCACUUAAAAUCAAUUCAAGAAGUAAGGAUUAUUAAAAAGUCUAAAUGUGGCAUACUUCCUUUCGUUGCCAACUUUGAGUAUUUUGCCAAGACAGCUGAACAAAUAUUUAAAGAAACAGAGCGCCGUACUGAUUUAGAUAAAUGGUAUCUUAAACUCUUAACUGUGAUGUUUGAAACUAUUCAUUCAAUUGCCAGUGAACACCCUAAGACUCCUGCCGAAGUUAUCAGAAUGGAGAACUUUCACCAUUUAUAUGCAUUGUUGUCUCAAUUAAAAAUUGGUAUAUUAGAUCAAUUCAGAAAAGAUGCAAAACAAAAGUAUAGUGAGGCAUUAAGUGCUUAUGUAACACGUUAUUUUGGUAGACCGCUCGAAAAACUGAAUUUAUUCUUUGAGGGUGUUGAAGCUAAGGUUUCACAAGGUAUAAAAGAAUCGGAAGUUGGUUAUCAAGUGGCUUUCAGUAAACAAGAAUUAAGGAAAGUAACUAAAGAGUAUCAUGGACGAGAGGUGAAAAAAGGCUUAGAUCAUUUGUAUAAAAAAGUAGAAAAACACCUUAGUGAAGAAGAAAAUUUACUACAAGUGGUUUGGAGAGCUAUGCAAGAAGAAUUUAUUCAACAAUAUAAAUAUAUUGAGGACUUAAUUCAAAGGUGCUAUCCUGGUUCUAUGAUUUCAUUAGAAUUUUCCAUUGAAGAUCUAUUACAGUAUUUCUCAGAAAUUGCUAGAUCCCAUUAGAAUAUUUAAAUAUUAUAAUCAAAAAUAUAAUAUAACAUAACAUGUUUAAAUUGAUAAUCUAUUUAUUAUUAUCUUAUAAAUUUUAAUUUUAACUUAUUUAUAAAUAGCAUUUUUUUUGAGAAAACAUUUUAAUUUUGAUAAAAAUUAUGUUCACAAGUUUUUCCAAAAUACCUUAUCCCUUUUUAUAUUAUACAAUGUAAAUUGUAAUUAUGUUUAACGUUUUGAAAAUUAUAUAUUUCUGAGCAUAAAAUACUGUAUGUAUUAAGUGUUAUAAAUAUAUUUAUAAUAAAAAAGUCAUGAGUACUCAACAUGUU